AAAUAUGGUACCCUGAAAAAUGUAUGCAGUGCGAGUGCAAAGAGAAUGGCAAUGUGAUUUGUAAGGAAUUCAUAUGCCCACCCUGCCAUGUAGCCACCCGAUCGAAGAUCCACACGUCUGCUGUCCUUACUGUCCACCAACCGAACCGCCAACUACCGUAAAAACCACCACACUGCCGCCAACCACAACACCUAUGGUCACAACCCGUGGCAAAACAACCUGCCCAGAUCAUUGCCAUGCUCCUGAGAUACCCUGCGAAGACAGCCAGUACUACUUUGGAGGCCCCCCACCAUUUGAGGAAAAUUUCUUCUGCAAUCCUAUUUUCGGACAAGUCGAUGAGGACUGCGAGUGUAAAGAGGGCUACUAUAAAGAUGGGGAGGAGUUUAAUGAUAAAUUUCUGUUCAACUAUGGCACAUCAAUGUGUUUGAAACCAGAGAGGCCCUGUGACUGCAAGGAUGAAGAGACAGGAAAACAUUAUGGGGUGGGCGACAGUUUCAUCAGAGGGGAUUGUGAAAUCUGUACAUGUGUGCAAGUCGUAGCAGGAUUCAAGCUGGUUUGUGUUGUGGAUGGAACUCUCCCUAACUGCACACUUACAACAACGGCAGAGACAACAACGGCCAAACCCCCCACUACCACCAGUGCACCAACCACCACAGUGAUUCCACCGCCAACCACAACACCAGGCACCAUUCUCCCAACAUCCCCCAUUAUUCGGCCACCUUGUGAUGAUGAGUGUUACGGACAACCUGUGAUUCCAUGUGAGAAACAGACUUUGGAUUACUACUGGUCAAGUAACGGAUCCCCUCCCUUUUUUGUCAACAUCUUUUGCUCACCGUUUGUCCCUCGGCCCACGGGUGGGUUCACCAUACCUAAUUAUUACAAGGAUUGUAACUGCAGCGAGGGCUACUACCGGGACUACAAUAACCUCGCAGACGAAAAGUCCCUGGUGUACGUCAUCGGUUUCACGUGGGAAACCUACAUGUGUGUGGAGAUUGAAAAACCGUGUCGUCCUCCAGGACCCUGCCCCUACAAUGACACACUGACCCUUCAGCCCGGAGAGUCGGUCGUGGAAGGAUGCAAAAAUUGCACAUGUGAGCUGCUUCCAGGUAGCACUUCUGGCGGUUACCAUUUGAAGUGUAGACCUAUUCCAGGAUGUACUGUAACUCCAGGAGUUACAACCACUGUAGUAACAAGGCACACAACAACUCCUGUGAAAACAACCUCACCUAGUAGAACUACCACCAUCAGAGCAACAACACCAGUAAAGACUUCAAUCAUAACAACUCCUGUAAAAACUGUAACUCCCAUUAUGACAACUAUACCAACAACUACGCUGUUCAAGACAACAUCACCAUUCGUCACUACCACACCUGUAAGGAUAACAACGCCGCUUAUCACAUUGGCGCCAACAACUGCUCCUCCAAUAACCACUGCAUCUCCAACAACUACUCAACCUCCAACAACUGUAGCGCCAACAACCACUACCACUCCAACCACCACUGUAGCUCCAACAACUGGAGCUCCAACCACCACUUCACCUCCGACAACUGAAGCUCCAACCACCACCACACCAACCAUUGCACCACCAACAACUGAAGCUCCAACCACCACUGCACCUCCAACCACCACUGCACUUCCAACCACCUCUGCACCUCCAACAACUGAAGCUCCAACAACUGAAGCUCCAACCACCUCUGCAACUCUGACAACUGAAGCUCCAACCACCACUGCACCUCCAACAUCUGAAGCUCCAAUCACCACUGCAACUCCAACAAUUACUGCAGCUCCAACCACCACUGCACCUCCACCGACUACUGCAGCUCCAACCACCACUGCACCUCCAACUACUGCAGCUCCAAUCAGCACUGCACCUCCAACAACUGAAGCUCCAACCACCACUGCACUUCCAACUACUGCAGCUCCAACCACCUCUGCACCUCCAACAAUUACCGCAGCUCCAACCACCACUGCACAUCCAUCCAGUGCAGCCCCAACAACUACUGUGACCCCAACGUCUGCAGCUCCAACUACCACAGCAGCACCAACAACUGAGGCUCCAACUUCCAGUAUUACUACUGCUACAGAGUACUGCUUGACCCCUUUGGCGGAGCUGGAAAUGGAGGUGCUGUGGAAGAUCUCUGAUGGUACAACAACGAUCCCUCUUGAGGAUCCAUCCAACCCAUGGAAAGUGGACAGCCUAUUGCAUUGGGAAAGCAUCUCCACCUUGCUCCGCCACAAGGCACAAAUCAGGGGUCUUCGGGUCAUGGGACAGGUUACGGAGCCCAUCGACGUGAUUCUGUCAUACAGCAUGAACAGAACUGAAAUCUUCAAAUCUCUGGCUUUGGAAAUAGGAUUGAUAAAGGACACCCCGGUCAAUGUCAUAUUUGAGGAACCAUUGCGUUUCGUCACAGACUUGGAAUUUAAGUUGCAUAGAUACCCUACAACAGACACAGGCCUUCAACUGAACUAUUUAGGCUGUCCCGAACCGGUGGGACCUACAACUCAACCUCAAAUAACCACACUGACAACGGCGGCUACCCCAACAGAAGUGCCAACAACCUCAGUUAUUACCACGGAAGUGAUCACAACAGAGGAGACUACAACAGAGGUAGUCACUACAAUGGUUUCUACAACCACUCCUGAAGCCACAACUACAGAAAAGACAACAGUUGCCACUACAACGGAGGCUCCUACCACAACUGCAGCUACCACCACAAAAGUGAUAACCCGGGAAACCACAGUAGUUCCAACAACCCCAGCUCCACCAACUACAACACUGGAAACUACAACUGUUGUUCUUACUACCACUCCCGAGGCCACAACCACAGAGGAGACUACCUCUGUCCUCACUACCACUGAGGCCACCACAACAGAGGCUCCAACGACUACUGAGAGCACAACUGUUCGAAUUACCACAAGUCAGGUGCCUACAACCACUACCCCACCACUGACCACCGAAGAAGUCACUACAACAGUUGUGACCACUACACCUGAGGCAACUACAACACAGACCACUGCAGUCCAAACAACUACAGAGGCUCCUACAACAGGUACGGCUUCAACCACAACAGUAACAACCCGAGAAACCACUACAGUUCCAACCACAACAGCUCCGCCAACUACAAAGCUGGAAACUGCAACCACCAUUCUUACCACCACUCCUGAGGCUACAGCCACUGAAGAGACAACAACUGUGCGAACUACCACUGAGGCUACUACUACAGAAGCCCCAACGGCUACCGAGACCACAACUGUUCGAAUUACCACAAGUCAGGCACCCACAGCCACCACCCCACCACUGACCACCGAAGAAGUCACCACAGCUGUUGUGACCAUUACGCCUGAGGCAACCACAACACAGGCCACUGCAGUUCAGACAACUACAGUGAGUCCAACAACGGCCACCCGAAAGGCAACAACGACCAUUGCGACCACAGUCACAACUACAGUCAGUCCAACUGCCACUGAAGCACCAACAACUUCAGAAGAGCUGACCACCACAGUGGUGCACACAACCACUCCAACGGCGACAACCUCAGAAGAAAUCAGCACCCUUCGAACCACAACCCAAGCAACAACAACAGAAGCCCCAACAACUACUGAAGCAAGGACCACUCACGUGACAAGGACAGAGGCACCUACAACCACUGCUCAGCCAACCUCAACAGAGGAAAUUACUACAACAGUUGUGACAACCUCUCCAGAGGCAACCACAACAGAGACAACAUCAGUUCAAACAACAACUGAAGCCCCGACUACAGUUGUGGUCUCGACUAAAGUUGUAACCACAGCCCCAAAGACCACCGCAGCACCACCAACGACUGAGGAAGUCACAUCCACUGCGGUCUACACCACCACUCCAGAGGCAACAACCGUCACAGAGACAACCACCACAGUGAAAACAACGGAGGCAACAAGAACUGAAGCCCCAACAACAACUGAAGUCACCACCACUCGUGCAAUCACAACAGAGGCUGCUACAGCCACCACCCCGGCAACAACAACCGAGGAGGUCACCACAACAGUUGUAAGCACCACGCCUGAGGGUAGCACUGCAGAAACUACAACAGUGCAAACAACAAGAGUUGCCCCAACAACCGAGGAAGCAACAACCACAGUUUUCACAACAGUGGAGACAACAAGAACACCAAAAAUCACCACGGCACCUACAACAACUGAGGUUGCAACUACCACUGCAGUGCAAACUGCUACUCCAAAGGCAACAACCACUGAGGAAACAACAGUAGUUGUGACCACUUCAGAGGGCACUACCACCCAGGCUCCAUCAACCACUGAGGUAACUACUGUCAGCGUGACAACCAUUGCAGCACCUACAACCACUUCCCCAGCAACAACCACUGCGGAGGUCACAACAACAGUGGAGACCAUUACACCCAGGGAAACCACAACAGAAACAACCACGGUGGAAACAACCAAAGUUGCUACAACAACUGGAGAAACAACCACUGUAUCAGCAACCCAGCAAACCACUACAGUCCCCAAAACUACUUUGACUCCAAGUACAACUUCACAAGUGACAACCACGGCAGUUACCACUUCAACGCCCCAGGUCACUACGGAGGAAGAAACUACAACCGUCUCAACAACAAGAGCAGCCACUACAACUGUGGCCCCAACCAUUAGCGAAACGACCACAAUCCGUGUGACAACAACAGAAGCACCAACAACUACCGCCCCUCGCACAACCACUGAGGAGGUCACCACAACGGUUGUGACUACUACUCCAGAAGCAGCAACAACUCAGACAACCACUGUGCAGACAACUACUGUUGCUCCUACAACAAAGGAAGCAACAACAUCCGUUUUUACAACACAAGAAACUACCAUCAUUCCAAAAACAACAGAAGCACCGACAACAACCAAAGAAGUCACUACCAUCCAAAUCACCACAACUCCUGAGUUAACAACUACCGAGGAAACAACAAUUGCAACGACAACCGAGGCACAAACAACUACAGGAUUGAUCACUACACCUGAGCCGACAACAGUGAGGCAGACCACAAGUGUGACAACUGAGGCACCAACCACUAGAAAGCAAACUACGACUGAGGAGGUGACCACAGCUAAACAAACUACAGUUACCAUCAGAGAGACCACCACGGAAGGCGAAACAACGACCUACUCCACCACGGUCAUCGUCACUACACCAAAAUUUGUUUGUGAACACGACGGCACCGAAUAUAAUGAAGGUGAUGUAAUGCCGUCGCCAGACAAAUGCAAGGUCAGAUUCUGUACAGCUGAUGGCAUUGAAGACGUGGAAAUAACCUGUAACAGAACGUGCAAAAAUGGAUAUUUGGUAGUGCAUGACCCAACCCUCUGCUGUCCCAUUUGCGUUCCGAUUGAGGAUGAUUGCUUUUACCAAAGCUAUCCCAGUCUGGUGGUGCAAGACGACUGUGUGUCCGAAAAGGAAAUUCUCUUUACAGAUUGCGAGGGGAGAUGUGCCUCCAACAGCCGCGUGAUCGCCUUGCCCGUGUCCCGGAUCCAAUUCGUUUGUGGAUGCUGCAAGCCCGCGAGCCUGACCAACAAUCAUGUGAAGAUGUUGUGCAACAACGGCACUGCGUAUUUUCACCCCUACUACGAGAUUAAGUCGUGCGAGUGUAAACCGUGCGACUACGAGCCCCUCGGAAGCGUCCAGGUGAACAAGAUUGUGAUCUCCUAGCUGGUGGCGCUGAAUCUAUGAAUAUAUGAAAUACGGCCUCCAAAAACUCCAGUCAGUUUUUGCUCGCAAGCUGUUGUCACUGUUACAAGCAUUAGGUCACAUUGCAGUGUUUUCAAUAAGAGGCCAUAAUUCAUUCAUUCUCAAUUUCAUGCUUCAUCUUUAAUUGUUGAUAAUCAGAACUUACAUGCAAAAUCAUCUACCCUGAGAUUUUUCAGAAUUGCAUUUGGAAUAUAUGAUGAACAUUUCAACCCGUAAGGCACGCACUUACUUUUUUGGUGUAUGGACUUUUGCCCGAAGUUCGUUUUCGCAAAUUUAAUAUAUCCAUUGUUCAGCUUGUCCUGCUUAACUCACCGAAAAACUGUUUGUGGAAUUCACCUCAUUCGGUAUUCCAAGCAUGCUACAUGCGGUCAAGGUAUAGUCUUUAUGUUUGAAAAGGCCUGUUUCAAAAUAUUUGAUAUUUCCGGAAUACGAUGAACUGGAACUGAUGACGGAUUUGAAAAAAAAUUGCUUUGGGUUAGUUUGGCCGAAAACGCUCCGUUUCUGUAGAUAAUUUAGAAAAGAGGAUUAACUGUGUUUAUUGUGUGCAAUGAUUUUGAUUUUUGUGGUUUAACAAUUGAAAGUAAGUGAUUCAACUUUGUGCUUACGUAAAUGGUGACUUUGCCCACUAAAACAAAACAUUUACAGCCCGUAUCUGUAUCAUGAAGUCACCUCAGGUUUAAAUGUAUCAACUAAUGUGAAAUUUGUAGAUGGUGACCACAGCUAUGUACACUGCCCCAAUCCACGGAAUGUUCUGUACCACAGGUCUCUCCAAAAUUGUUUAAGUAAACUCCUGUGCGUAUCAGGAACUCAAAAACUUCAGUUGAGACCAAGCCUUUAGCUACAGGUGUAUUUCUUGGUUUCACUCUUAAAACACACAGUGUAGUAUAUUGGAUUACACCUUGUUACUUUGAGAUUAUAAAAUUUUCAUGAAAUCGGUAUUGCUCCACAUUGUACGCUCCCACCAAGUUAGGUUUCUGUUACUGUCAGCUCGUGUAAUUUGUCACGUAAGUCAUGUAAGUGUGACAUUCAUGACUUUCCCGUUAAACUGAAGAAAAUAUUCCCCAGCACUAUAAAAAGAGUAUAAUACAUUAUUUUCUGUAACAUUCAAGCUUGGGGAACCAGCUGACGAGCUUUCAUAAGAUUUUAAGGCAGUUUAAAUGAAGCCGUAGAUUAUGCAUUUAGAUAAUAAAUCAUAGUAGCAAAGCCUGCAGAUAUA